GCGGGUGCGCAGGCGCUCGGCCCCCCCUACCCCCCCCCCCCCUUACCUCCCCCCGUCCCGCUCCAUCUCAGCCGCCCCAGUCACCUCCGGCGCCGCCUCCGCGUAUCCGGCCCGAGCGGAGCCGGAGUGGGACGUCACGGUGGGGACCGGGCGGGUGCAUCUGAUUGUCUGCUGGAGGUACUUUGAAGCCUCAACAAUGAGCUCAGUGUUAAUGUUACUUUUUGCUGGAAUACUUGCCUGUUGUGCUUGCUCAGCUGGUGAUUCCAGGUUACUCCUUGUGUCCUUUGAUGGCUUCAGGGCUGAUUACUUGGAAACUUAUAAGCUUCCUCAUCUUCAGGAGUUCAUUGAGGAUGGUGUGCUUGUAAAACAAGUCAUGAAUUCUUUUAUCACCAAAACUUUCCCAAACCAUUACACCAUAGUAACGGGUUUAUACGAGGAAAGCCAUGGCAUUGUUGCUAAUGACAUGUAUGAUGCAGAUGCCCAGAAAAAGUUUUCCCAGUUCAAUGAUUCAGAUCCCUUCUGGUGGGAUGAGGCAGUUCCAAUUUGGGUAACAAAUCAACAGCAGAAAAAGGGAGCGAGUGCUGCUGCCAUGUGGCCUGGUACCGAUGUAAAAAUUAAUGAUACGACCCCUCAGUUCUUUAUGAAGUACAACUUCUCAGUGGAGUUUGAGGAGAGAGUGGAGAAGGUUGUUGCAUGGCUGAACAGCUCCAACCCAGUGGUCACUUUUGCUGUGUUAUACUGGGAAGAACCAGAUGCAAGUGGGCACAAGUAUGGCCCAGACGACACUCAGAACAUGCGCAGAGUGUUGGAAGAAGUGGAUCAACGGAUUGGUUUCCUUAUGAGUAAACUGAAGGCAUCAGGUUUGUGGGACACUAUUAAUAUCAUCAUAACAAGUGAUCAUGGAAUGGCCUCCUGCUCUGAAAAGAAGCUGAUUAUCCUGGACGAGUGCAUUGGGCGCAACAACUACACUCUGAUAGACAAGACUCCGGUUGCUGCGGUGCUGCCAAGGCAGAACAAAGAAGAUGUGUAUAACUUACUGAAAAAUUGCAACAGUCACAUGAAAGCGUAUCUCAAAGAAGAAAUUCCAGACAGAUUUCAUUAUAGUCAUAACAAGAGAAUCCAACCCAUAAUUCUGGUUGCAGACGAAGGCUGGACAAUUGUACAGAACGAGUCACUUUCCAAGUUGGGUGACCACGGCUACGACAACGCUCUCCCCAGCAUGCACCCAUUCCUGGCUGCGCGCGGUCCCGCCUUCCGCCGCGGAUACACACACAGCUCCAUCAACAAUGUGGACAUCUACCCCAUGAUGUGCCACAUCCUGGGGCUGACACCACAGCCCCACAACGGCACUUUGGGAAACACCAAGUGCCUGCUGGCUGACCAGUGGUGCAUCAACCUUCCCGAAGCUAUUGGGAUAGUUAUUGGGGCGUUCGUGAUCCUGAGUACUUUCACCUGCAUCAUAGUCAUCUCCAAGAACAGAGUCGUCCCGCCACAGCCCUUUGCUCGGCUGCAGUUACAAAGUGAUGACGAUGAACCUUUAAUUGGAUAGCACAGAGGGAGCCCAGCCUCACUUGCUACACUGUGAUUUCAGGAAAACAGUUUGAACUUGCACUGGAUGGCAUUCUGUGAUGCACUUUAUCUGCGUAAAAUACUGUACAGCCAGACCUUGCUGACUCGUUUGUGUGCUGCCUGACUAGUGUCCUGUAAAAAUAUUUUCAGAACAAAACAGUGGACUGGUGGCUUUUCACUGUAAGAGAUGCUAACAAAAUAAAGAUGCUUAGUUUUUCAUUCAAGCCUUUGAGCACUUUCAGAAUGAAAUUCCAGAGUAUGACUAGCCAAGAUAGACUAAGUGAAUUUUAAUAUUUGUAAAUGAUAAUUGCUUUUUUGUAUUAAAUUUAAAUUAAUAUUGACUUAUUUUAGUGUUCUUGUACCUGUGUUGGAAAGAAGAUCUUUUUUUAUGAGAGCUAGAAGUUAGUUUUGUUUGCAGAGUAUGUUCAGGUUUGCCAUUUAAUUUGGGGAUAGAGGGUAUAGGGAAGAUCCAAGACUUUUGUUUCUACCCUAAGGCAGCAAUAUGACAUGAAAUUGCUGAGAAAGAAAAUGGAAGUCGGUGAGGAAAGAAUUGGUGCGUAUCACUUCUAUUUUGAGCAAUAAACCAUGUGGUUCAGCAGUUACAACACUGGACAGGUGGCUCUGACAUUUCUGGGCAUGUGUCUGUGGGUGACUUAGAUCCACAGUUCCUGCACAGUUCCAGUUGCGCUGCUGCCUUAUCUCAAGGAUGUCAGUUUAAAUCUUUGAAUUAUCCAGUUUCGUGGGUUGUAGGUUUAAAAUUAAUGCUUCUAAAUCCUGUGGAAAGUUUCUCAGGUGUAAACUUUGCUGAAGGUGUUUUUGUAAUAAAGGUGGUUCUGCCCUGUG